CCCAGACCCCCCCCCCCCACACACACACAGGGGGCGGUCCGGGAACCACGAUCAGGACCAACAGCAGGACCAAUUUCCAGAGCAACACCAGACCAGUCACCAAGGCGAGUUUAGUACCAGGAGCAAGAUCUUAGCAGGAGCAAUAUCAGUGCCAAUAAUACCACAUUCAACAGCAGACCCGUGCCAAGACGAGAUUGGGACCAAGAGCAAAGUACCAGACCGAGGCUGGUAUAAACAGCAAGGACCGGCCCCUGGAGUAGUAGCAGCAGCAGCAACAACAACAGCAGCAACAACAGCAACAACAACAGCAGCAACAACAACAGCAGCAGCAGCAGCAGCAACAGCAACAACAGCAGGGGUGAGGAUGGCGUACGGGCUGGUCACGGCGGGUGGCUUUGUGGCCGUGGUGGCCGUGCUGGGCGCUCUGUGGAUGCCGGAGACUUGGGACGCGGCGCUCAGGGGCCCUGCCGCCGUGCGUCUCGACCACGUGCUCUCGGCGCUGCUGCGGGCCGAGGCGCGGACUUCGGGGCCCGCAAGACCCCGCGUCGCCAUCGGGUUUGGCGGCUGCCUGGACUGGGUGGUGGACGGCGUGGCGCUGCUGGAGCGACUCGGGGUGGAGCCGAGCGGGGAGGCCAAGCACCACGGAUUCAUCGCCGACAAGCAGCAGCUGGCGCAAACCUUCGCCUACUUCUUCCCCCACGGCGCCGCCGCAGAGCGCUUCAUCUCCAACGCGUCACUGUUCCGCCGGCUGGCCGAGGAGGCGGCGCUUGUGCCCGGCGCUCGCUGGUCACUCGGAGGGAACGCCCCCGUUAUGGCGAACCGCAUGGCGUCCGAGGGCUGCGACGUUCUGCUCGGAGCCCGUCUCCCCCACAGCCUCCUGCAGGUCAUGAGGCCAGAGGUUCGAGUGGCCGGGCAGUCCGUGGAGGAGGCCGACACUCACCUGAUCCUCGAAUAUCCCACGGGCGCUCGCUGGGGGAACUACACAUCCAAGCGCGCCAACAGGUUCAUCGUGCACAGCGAUACCCACAAUGCCCGGCUGGAGUCGUUGGAGGCAUUUCAUUCCGAGCUCGCCGCCUUCCAGCCGGCGCUGCUUGUGGUCGGAGGACUCCAGAUGAUGGACAACUUUCCCUUCCCUCCCGGCGAGCGCGUGCGCAGGCUGCGGGCCGUGCGCGCCUCCAUGUUGGCCGCCCGCUCCUCAUCCGACAGCGGCGGUGCCCUCGUCCACUUUGAGAUGGCGUCCUUCUCGGACUCGUCGCUGCUCGCCGAGCUGCUGGACGAGCUGCUGCUGCCGGCGGCCGACUCGCUGGGCAUGAACGAGCAGGAGCUGCCCAACCUUCGCGGUCUCCUCGCCGGCGGAGACGUCACGCUGGUCGCCGACGCCAACCCCCGCGUCGCCGCCGUGCUCGACCAGAUGCGCGAGGUGUACGGCGCCAUCAGGGGCCGCCAGCGCCGCGCGGGGAUCGGGCGGCUCCUCACCCGCCUCCACGUCCACACGCUCGCCUUCCAGGCGAUCAUGACGGCUCGCAACUCAACCUGGAAGUCGGGGAUGUCGGCGGCCGCCAAGGCCUCGCUCACGGCCAAUCGGCACGUGUGCGGCUCCGCGGACAUCGAUGCCGCCAAGGCACGGCUCAUCAUGGACGACUCGUUCGCCGCCAGCCGCGGGCCCGAGAGCCGCCGCGUGCCCGUCGACCCCAACCGCCCCGUGGCGUGCUGGGAGGAGGAGGAGGAGAUGGGCGACCACGACGCGGGAGAGGCCGACGGGGGGUACGACGUGCAGGGCGAGGACGACGAGAAGCGGGCCAGACGGGGAGCCGGGGGGCGACGCGGCCGCACGUAUGAGCUGUGCGUCGCGCCCGUGCUCGUGUGCACGGACGUGUUCCAGACUGUGGGCGGCGGGGACAACAUCUCGGCCGCGGGGCUCGUGUUGCAGAUUUGAUGAAGGGAAGAGUCGCGCUGAUGAGGUCGGAGGGAGAAGCGUCUCUUUGCCCAAACGAGAGCUGAUGGGCAGUUUUUUUACCUUCGUUGGUUGGUUUGUUGGGUUUGGCUUUGAAUGGCGGAAAUUCCGUAUUAUAUCGGUGUGGGCCGGUACCCGUCCAUUGAGAAAUCACUGUUGAUUUCCCAUAGUGGGAUUUAUUAACCCCUGAGUGAGGAUGGUUCUCAAGAGCCGAGUUAACCUCCCAACUAGAGAUUUGGCAACCUAUCCAAUUGUGAUAGAGUAUAGUGUCGCCCGGCCAUAGGAAUGUGGAAUUUCCACCACUGACUCAGGGCCACCAAAAGAGAUGAGCAUCACCCAGUGCCUUCUUUGACCAUGGAGACUCUUUGACUUGACUUUUGAAGUCAAUAUCAUUCCUUUAUCCCCCUUGCCCCCCCCCCCCAUGCCAGAGAUGUUUAAUAUUAUUAUUUUUUCCCGCAACUGCUUAACUUCCAUUCCACUUCCGAGAAACCACUUGCACGCGGGAGAUGGGUUUGUUGGCUCAGGUGACUCAUAAUGGCUGUGUCGUAGCUGUGAGCCAGUAGCACUAAAAUCCCGUGGAUGGGAAUCCUGACAUUGAAAAGAAACCGGGUUCUUUUGUGUAGCAAGUUUUGGUGAUAACAUACCUUGUGUCCAAUGACUGCACACACAAACACAUUCUCAUGAAAUGUUAUUUAUGCAAGCCUAGGUAUGAAAGCCAUAUCAUUUGUAUAGAGAUGGUUUUGUGCGAUAUCUUGGUUGACAUGGGCCCUGGUGCAAGGAAUGCAAUGGAGCCCCCUUUUCAAUUUCCCCCAUUUCCCCACUCCUCUUUGUUAAGCUGGUGCCUGGGGCCUUUGGCGCUACGAGCCCUGGGUGCAGUUGUACCGCCUGCACACUCGAUAGCUACGCCACUGAUUAUAGCAUUAGUGAGAAUGACCAAAUAAGUUUAGCGUUAUAUUUUCAAAUGUCUUCUACGUGUGGUUUGACGAUCACCAGAAGUGAAUUUCGUACCACUGAAAGAGUUUAUCAUAAAGCGUGGUCACAUCUGUGUGUUGCAUAACAGUGCAAUUCAAUAUAUAUACCUCCUGUCAGGGGAACGACACGUGGAGAUGAUGGAGUCAAGGAUGGAAGCUCAGACACGCACAGUUAUGCUUCCAUUACUGGUGGAUGCAGCAUGGAUGGUUAUGGUGAUGGUGGUCGUGGUUUGUGAUAGGGUUUUAUGGGUGAUGGUGAUGGUUCCGGUGGGUGUAUGUCCAGGUUAAUAUGCUUGAUAAUUUAAAAAAAUGUGAAUGCUUUGGAAUUCUGCAAUGGUUAAAUUAUAAAAAAAAAAAGUUUAAAAUAUUAUUU